AGUCCUUGGCGGCCAUGUUUGUAGUCCAUGUUGUAGUCUGGGAGUUGUAUUCCAGCGUUGACGUGACCAGGACCUGUUCUGUAUACAUUUUCCCUCCAUAGCUCUCUCAUUUAUAAACUGUGAAUAUGUCAAAAUGCUUAUAUUUUCUCGUGUGUGUGUGUGUGUGUUUACAUUUGUUUGUGUGUGUGUGUGUUUUGCUGAUCCUCUGUAAACCUGCUGGAUGUUUGCAGAUGGUCAUUUAUUUGGAAGCGUGUCAUUCUGGAUCAAUGCUGGAUCAGCUGUCUGACAGCAACGGUAUCUCUUUACUGAAAAGUCAUAGUUCGGACACGUUCAGGAACGUUCUUCUCACGUGUCUGAAAGGCUUUUAUCCUUUUGUUUCAGUGUAUGCAGUUUCUUCGUGCAGUCCUGAUGAAUAUACCUACGCUUGUUUCUUCGACAAGAAAAGAAAUACCUUUCUUUCUGAUAUCUUCACCUUUAACUGGCUGCAGCACAUGGACACGGUAAAACUUACAGUGACGUCGUUUGGAGAGCAGUUUUCCUACCUGCAGAAACACGUGAGUAAAGACGCGAGGAAGGCAGGAGUGACUGAGACGCCAUGUAACUAUGGGGACAAGGGAAUGCUGAAGGUAAUGUUGAGUGAAUUUUUUGGAGAUUCCCCUCGCUUUGUCAGCGAGACCUACACGUCCCAGAUCCUGAACGUUCAAGUGUCCGAUGUGGUGGACACUACAGAAGUUCCACUGAUAAUCCAAGAAAACAGGAUUAAAAACGAACAGGACCCGGAAAAGAGACAGGCCCUGGAAAGACAAUAUGAUGAUCUUAAAAGAGUGAGUACGCCACUCCCACUGCACUGCGUUAUUUACAGUCCUUAUUCCUGAACAGAAAUAUGCAGUCAAUAUGCUUGUAAUGUAAUAUGUAAUAAAUACUGUGUUGCUGUGAUAGUGAAAUAGUUCAUUUAAUUUUAUUCAGUUUUAUUUGUAUAGAGCAGGGGAGUCCAAUCUUAUCCGGAAAGGGCCGGUGUGGUGCAGCUUUUCACUCCAUCCAAGCAGGAGCCACACCUGAUUCCACCUGUUUAAUCAGCUGUUCUUGGCUUUCAGUAGACUCAGGUGUGGCUUCUGAUUGGUUGGAAUGAAAACCUGCACCACACCGGAACUUUCCAGAUUUCUUUCAGCUUUUUGGCCGAAAUAAUUUUCUGCGAC